UGUUGGUAAUUUGGGUGGGGUGUGUGUGGUACCUCUGAUUGACAACGUAACAUAACCUUCCUUUGCUGUCUUUCCUUUUUUUAUUCCCAGUCGAAAAACUUCUGUCAUCAUGUCAUCAAAAGUCUCGCGUGAUACCCUUUACGAAUGUUCCAACGCGGUGCUCAAGCAUGCGAAGGUUAAAAGGAGAAACUUCUUGGAAACUGUGGAAAUUCAAAUUGGUUUGAAGAAUUACGAUCCCCAAAAGGACAAACGUUUCAGUGGCACAGUCAAACUUAAGCAUAUUCCCCGCCCGAAAAUGCAAGUAUGUGUGUUGGGCGAUCAACAGCAUUGCGAUGAGGCAAAGGCGAACAAUGUUCCCUUCAUGGACGUCGAGGCGUUGAAAAAGUUGAAUAAGAACAAGAAACUCGUAAAGAAGUUGGCGAAAAAAUAUGAUGCAUUUUUGGCUUCCGAAGCGUUGAUUAAGCAAAUUCCUCGUCUUUUGGGUCCCGGUUUGAAUAAGGCGGGCAAGUUUCCUGGCUUGUUAUCUCAUCAGGAAUCCAUGAUGCAAAAGAUUGACGAGGUGAAGUCUACCAUCAAAUUUCAAAUGAAGAAGGUAUUGUGUUUGUCUGUUGCUGUUGGCCAUGUGGGUAUGUCACCAGAUGAAUUGGUUCAAAAUGUACAUCUAUCGAUCAACUUUUUGGUUUCCUUGUUGAAAAAACAUUGGCAAAAUGUUAGGUCUCUUCAUGUGAAAUCAUCCAUGGGGCCACCACAGCGAUUGUAUUAAGAUCACAGUGUUUAUUACAUUAUUGUAAUGAAUGGCUUUGUUUUUUAAGUAAACGUGACUAUUCUAA